AUAUUACGCAAUGUUUAGCGAUAAACAAGAAAGUCGUAACUCAUUACUCAAUUACUCAUAAAUAAUAAAUAAAGUUUACGUAAUAAAAAAGAAAUUAAAAAUAAUGUAUUUUUGUAAUGUCGUGUACAUUACGUGUCGAGUAGAAAUAAAUUCAUAAAUAAGCUACAAACUACAAAGUCACUAGAUUUAAACUUCAAGGUAAUCUGGCACAAGCCAUUAAGUCAAUCAGUGUUGUUAUUGUUGGUCAGUAAACUACAUUGCUGUGUAUUUCAAAUUUUUGUUGUACUCAGACAUCUUAACAAAAAUGAUUACUGUAAAUCAAGUAUUGCGUAAUGUGUGCCGUAAUUCUAGAUGUAUUAUUGCAAAUAGAAAGUAUAGUGAACAAUCUCAAGAGACACCCUUCUGUCUUGAAUUAUCUGAUACACAAAAGGAAUUUCGUGACUUAGCAAGGAAAUUUGCUCGAGAAGAAAUUAUACCUGUUGCUGCUGAAUAUGAUAGGACUGGCCAGUAUCCAUGGGAUAUAAUUAAAAAAGCACACUCAGUUGGACUUCUCAAUGGUCAUAUUCCUGAACAUUGUGGUAAUUUUUAUAACUAAAUAUUCUAAAUACGACUUACUUAUUACUUAGUACUUAAUGUUUAAACUGAAAACAGCACCUUAUCGUCCUUAUCAAAUAGUUAAUAAGUUAAUAUUAAACACACUAUAAAGCUGUACAA